AUGGCUCCACGUAAGGCUAAGACCAUCGAACCCGAAACCGUGGCGGUAGAGGGUGAACAAGUCGUGGUGGAGGAGACUCGUAUAAUAGAAAGAGGGGAGCCCUCGGGCACCAACUCCAAAUUGGACCUUAUCCUUAACCAAUUAGCUGGGGUAACCCAAACCAUUGCCAAUAUGGACAGCCGGUUGAACAACCUAGAGCAAAGGAGAAACCCACCUCGUUCCCAAACCUCUUCCUACUAUCGUAGGAAUGACCCCAUAGGAGCGGUGAGUGAGGCAUUUUUGGGGGAUGCUAGGAGAGCAAGCCUAAGGGGACAAGGGGUAGAACAACCACCUAGAGCCCACACACAUGUUCUCCAAAACGAACCAGUCCCACCCCCUAUCCAACGCCAAAUUACCCAUCCUCAACUCACUAAUGGUACCAACCAAAACGGGGCACCCAUACAUGUGGGGGAAAGAGCCAGACGAGGGGGUGAGAGACCUACAUCGGAGGAGAUAAGGAGAGCCUUCCUAGAACAAAGGCAAAACCAUGAGAGGCAGCACCAUGAUAUGGGUCCACACCAUGAAGGACCAAGGAGACAUCAUGAAAAUCGCUCCAUGCAUUCCAUGACUUUUGGCGGGUUUGAGGAAGAAUUAGAUAGGGAAAUCGAGAUGAUGAACGGCCAAGGUAGAGGCCAGCACCAUGCUGGUUUUAAUCAUAGAAGGAGAGACCGACAAAAUGAAGAGCCGAGGCUCCCUAUGCCAAAAAUGGACUUCCCUAAAUUCAAUGGAAAAAGGCCAAAGGAAUGGGUCUACAAAGCCGAACAAUACUUCAUUUGCCAAGAAAUUGCAGAGCAACACAAGAUUCGUUUGGCAAAGAUGUAUCUAGAAGAGGAGGCCAUGCAAUGGUAUUGCUUUUGGGAAGAGGACUAUCCAAACGCCACUUGGGACCUCUUCAAGGACGAACUUUUACUACGGUUUGGAGAGACCACGUACGUUAACCACGAGAUUGAAUUGAGAAAUCUCAAGCAAACUUCUACCGUCCAAGACUAUCAAAGCAAGUUUGAGAGACUAUGUAGCAUGGUUAAAAAUCGACCAGAGGAUUCCAAGAUCGCCCACUUCAUAGGGGGUCUUGAUGAGGACAUUCAAAUUGAGAUGCUUAGGGAUCCUCCUACCGAAUUAAGGAGAUGUUUUGCAUUGGCCAAGACUAUUGAGGAGCAACUUAGAAGAAGAGAGGCAAGAAAGAAGGCUUACAAACCAGGGAUUGCAUCCAAACCCAAGCCUAACUUUGUGAAAUCAGCUCCACCCCAAAGAAAGUUUGAAAACCGGCCAGCCUUUCGCAAUAACAUUCCCAAUAAAUACAUUUCACGUCAAGAACGAGAGGAAAGGAUUAAAAAGGGGCUUUGCUUCAACUGUGAAGAAAAGUGGCAUGCAGGUCAUAAGUGCAAGCAUUUUCAGUUAUAUGAGGUCACAGAUAGUGAUGAGGAACUUGAGGAAAGUGAAGAGGUAGAUACCGAGGGCACGGAGGUAGCCAAGGUAGGAGAAGAUACCGAGGAGAAAGAGGAGGGCUUGUGUCACGCUCUCACAAACAACGGGCCCAAUGCCAUGAAGGUUGUGGGUAAGAUCAAUAACCAAAAGGUGAUUGUUCUUCUUGAUACCGGAGCCACCCACAACUUCCUCAAUUCGAGGUUGGCUCAUCUCGUGGAUGGCAAGACGACUCCCCAAGCUUCUUUCAAUGUCAUGGUUGGGAAUGGAGAGAAACUAGCUUGCAAUGAAAUUUGCAAAAACGUGGGCUUGGAAAUGCACAAGGUUCCUUUCAAGGUUGAUCUAUACCUUCUUCCCAUUGGGGGUGUAGAUGUAGUACUUGGGAUUCAAUGGAUGAAAACCUUGAAAAGGAUCUUGUGGGACUUGGAUGACAUGACUAUGACGUUUCCUAAGGAGGGUGGAGGGGAAGUAACCCUCAGAGCAAUCAAUCCUAGCGUGGACCCGAAGCCGGCCUUGAAGGCCCUCAUGGCAAAUCAGCCAGCAUAUUGGCUAGUGUCCAUGGUAAAAGAUGUUGUACCUUCCACCACUAGUGUUGAAGAGAUUCCUCGGGUCAUUCAGUGUGUGAUUGAUCGGUUUCCUUCAGUUUUUGAAGAGCCUAAAAGCUUGCCUCCCAUUCGUUCCUAUGAUCACAUGAUUACCCUCACCAAGGGGGCAGAGGAAGUGAAUGUGCGUCUAUAUCGGUAUGCCUAUAGUCAAAAGGCCGAGAUAGAAAAACUUGUGAAGGAGAUGCUCGAGAGCGGGGUCAUUCGACCUAGUAGUAGUCCGUUUUCAUCACCCGUUUUGUUAGUAAAGAAGAAGGAUGGCGCAUGGAGGUUCUGUGUAGACUACCGGGCCCUCAAUGAGGUCACGGUAAAAAAGAUAAACAUCCUAUACCAGUCAUAG